AUGGCCGAAAAGCAGCGUGUCUGUCUUGCCUAUUCCGGCGGUCUCGAUACCUCUUGCAUUCUGGCAUGGCUGAUCGAGAAGGGUUACGAUGUGAUCUGCUUCAUGGCCAAUAUUGGUCAAGAGGAGGAUUUCGAGGCCGCUCGUGCAAAGGCUCUCAAGAUCGGUGCAAAGCAGUGCUACGUCGAGAAUGUCAUCGAUGAGUUCGUCAAAGAGCUCUGCUUCCCAGCAAUUCAAUGCAAUGCCACCUACGAGAAUGUCUACCUACUGGGCACGUCCCUCGCCCGUCCCGUCAUCGCCCGAGCGCAGAUUGCUGUUGCUCAGAAAGAGAACUGCCAAUUCAUAUCGCAUGGCUGCACAGGCAAGGGCAACGACCAGGUCCGCUUUGAACUUGCCUUUUACGCCCUCCAGCCCAGCAUUCAGGUGAUUGCUCCUUGGCGUAUUCCCGAGUUCUACGAGACUUUCAAAGGCCGCAACGAUCUUCUCGACUAUGCCGCCACAAAGGGCAUUCCAGUUACCUCCACCAAGUCUGCACCAUGGUCAAUGGACGAGAAUCUGGCUCACUGCUCUUACGAGGCCGGCAUCCUAGAAGAUCCCAACAUUGAGCCCCCUACAGAGAUGUGGAAGCUCACUCAAAGCCCCUUUGACGCGCCCAAUGAGCCCGAGGACGUCGUUAUUGAAUUCCGCAAAGGUCUGCCCGUCAGCCUGAUUUCGAAGUCGACCGGCACUGUCACGGAGCCUACUGCCCUGUUCCUGGCUGCCAAUGCCCUCGCUCGCAAGCAUGGUGUAGGCCGCAUCGACAUUGUCGAGAAUCGCUUCAUUGGCCUCAAGUCCCGCGGAUGCUACGAGACCCCAGGCCUGACCAUUCUCCGCAACGCUCACAUCGACAUUGAGGGUCUAGUGCUUGACCGGGAAAUCCGCGCCCUGCGAGACCAAUUCGUCACUAUUGGCUGGUCUCGGGUAUUGUACAAUGGGCUCUACUUUUCUCCCGAGCGCGAAUUUCUUGAAGCUUCCAUCGUCGAAUCUCAGAAGACAGUUAACGGACAGGUCCGCCUCAAGCUCUACAAGGGUAAUUGCAUCAUCGUCGGCCGCAGCUCUGAAACGGAGAAGCUAUAUGACGCCCAACAGUCAUCUAUGGAUGAAAUUGGUGAUUUCCAGCCUUCAGAGACCGGCGGAUUCAUCACUGUCCAAGCCAUUCGCCUCAAGCGGUACGGCUUGGCCAAGGAGGAGCGUGGUGAGUCGCUUGUUCAGCCACGAAAGUAG